CAGGAGAUGGAGGCGCUGGUCGGAGGGAUCAACGCCUUCAUCCAGCGCUACCCGAUCGACCAGCGCUGUUACGAGUACCUGACCACCUCCUCCAGCGCGGUCAUCACCCGGGUCCUGCAGGAGUUCCGCCCGCCCCGCGAGGGCGAGCCCGACUACUCGGGACUCGUCACAUCGUGGAUCAAGCGCAUGAGGACACAGAACGGCGAGGGCCCCGCGGGCAUCGCCAUGGGGGCUGGGGACAUGGCGGGCGGGCCAGAGAUGACGCAGGAAAUGGUGAACGAGUUCUUCAUGAAGUACCCGUGCGACGAGCGGGCCACGGAGUAUUUCAACGUGUCCCCGCGGGAGGUCCAGACCGCGGUGGUGACGCAGUUCCGGCCUCGGUCGGAGGGAGACGCGGACUACUCCGCGGCGAUCACAUCGUUCAUCAGGUACAAGAGCACCAAGGGGGCGGGGAAGGGCGCCCCCGCGGGCGGGAUGGGCGGCGCCGCGCCCGGCGUGAUGCCCGUGCAGCAGUUUGCCGGGGCCGGCUUCCAGCGGCCGGCCGGGGCGGCGAACCCGAACGCGGCGUGGGCCAUCGCGGAGAUAGAUCCACUGGCGGCGCCCCUGGACCUGGAGGCGUUCCGCGCCCAGUACCCCAUGGACGACCGCGCGUGGGACUUCCUGCAGAACGUGGACCCGCGGGUGCAGAGGCGGGUCGUGGAGACCUUCCGGCCGAUGCGGGAGGGCGAGGCCGACUACUCGGCAAAGAUCACGGCUUACGUCAAGUCCAAUAAGCAGAUAUGGCAGGAGGCGUCGGCCGACGUCGCCCUGACGCAGGAGGUGGUAGACGUUUUCUUCACCAAGUACCCGUGCGACGAGAAGGCCACGCAGUACUUCAACCAGUGCCCGCGGGAGCUGCAGACGGUGAUCGUGCGCGAGUUCCGGCCGAGGUCGGAGGGAGACGCGGAUUACUCCGCGGCGAUGACGUCGUUCAUCAAGUACAAAUCCAACUGGCUCGCAGGAAAGGGUGGUGGGGCGCCGCAGCAGCAGUUCGCGCAGCAGCAGGUGCAGUUCGUUCAGCAGCCGCAGUUCGUGCAGCAGCAGGUGUUCGUGCAGCAGCCGCAGUUCGCGCAGCAGCAGCAGUUUGCGCAGCAGCAGUUCGCCCCGCAGCCGCAGCAGUUCCAGCGGCCAGCAGGGGUGCCGAACCCGAACGCGGCCUGGGCCACCGAGGAGCUAGAUCCGACGGCGGCGCCCGUGGACCUGGAGAGACCUCCCCAGGCUCAGUACCCGAUGGACGACCGCGCCUGGGAUUUCCUCCAGAACGUGGACCAGCGGGUCCAGAAGCGGGUCGUGGAGACCUUCCGGCCGCACAGGGAGGGCGAGGCCGACUACUCGGCCAAGAUCACGUCUUACGUCAAGUCCGUGAAGAACAUGCACCGGGAGGUACAGGCCGAGUCCACCUUGACGCAGGAGAGGCGGUAGACGCUUUCUUCACCAAGUACCCGUGCGACGAGAAGGCCACGGAGUACUUCAACCAGUGCCCCAGGGAGAUGCAGGCUGCGAUCCUGCGCGACUUCAGGCCUCGGUCGGAGGGAGACGCGGACUACUCCGCGGCGAUGACGUCGUUCAUCAAGUACAAGAGCUCCGCCCCCUGGGCCGCGGGAAAGGGCGGCGGCGGCAAGGGCGGCGGCUGCAUGGGGGGCAUGGGCGGCGCGGCACCCGGCAUGAUGCCAGCGCAGCAGUUCGCCGGGGCCGGCAUGCAGACAGGAGGCCCCUUGACGCAGCAGGCGGUGGACAUGUUCUUCCAGAGGUACCCUUGCGACCAGCGGGCCUGCGAGUACUUCAGUUCGUGCUCGGUGGACGUGCAGACGGCCGUGGUGCAGCAGUUCCGGCCGAGGACGGAGGGGGACUCCGACUACUCCGCGGCCAUGACGGCGUUCAUCAAGCGGUGCCUGGGCGGCGGGAUGCCGCCGCAGCAGUUCGCGCCGCAGCAGCAGUUCGCGCAGCAGCCGCAGCAGUUCGCGCAGCAGCCGCAGCAGUUCGCGCAGCAGCAGUUCGGGGGGCCGGCGGCCAAGCGCAUGCGCACGGGCAUCUGACGCCGCACCCG